AUGUUCUUCCUUCAAGUUAUGCAGCCAGAGGUAUUGUUAUUGGACAAUGAGAUUGCGCCUAAUGAGGCGAUUAUUGAGGAAAGAGAAAUACAGAAUCAAAUUGGGGAAGUAAAUGAGAUUUUUAAAGAUCUUGCUGUUUUGGUUCAUGAACAAGGAGCCAUGAUUGAUGAUAUCGGGUCAAAUAUUGAGAAUUCUCAUGCUGCAACUGCACAAGCAAGAAUCCAGCUUUCAGAAACUCAUCAAAGGUUACUGAAGUUGUUCAUUCUCGUUGUCUUAAUGUGCAAAUAA